GAUCUAGCAUUUUCCCAUACGAUCCCUCUGUACCCUCCCGUUUCCUUCAUCUUCUACGCCUUCCGCUCUCAAGGUAUGAAAUGUCCUAUCUGUGGUACACCACCAGGCUUCCACGUAUCAUAUGUAUGAGCACGAGAGCCACUGGUUCGCUGAUGCCGUGCGGAGGAGCUUUAUAAAACUUUUCUCUGAGGAUGAACAAUUGUACCGAAACCAUAGUGCACGCUCUCGUUACUGCGGGACUACAUCAGGACCAUCAGACCAGGGUGUCAAGGCUGUAUGUGACGCUUAUCAGCCAGAGUGGCAGAGGAUGCUCGAGACGCUCGAACAAGCAGAAGCCGCAGAACAACGUCACGAAGCUGAACGAGCAAAGCAGUGGCUUGCGCAAGGUCAGGCGGAGUUUGAGGUGGAAAUCCGGAGCGACAGCAUAAAAUCGACCAGAUUCAAGCUGAAAUUAAGCAACUUCGUGCAAACCUUGCAGCUUCGGAGGGCGGAGCCUAACAGGCUAAUAUUUGCUAUCCUCAUAGUCACACUUAGCUUCCCAUCAAUAUUCCAUCUCUCUUCCAUGUCGCUUUGCUUCUACUACACCUUGGGCCUCGACAUGGAUAUAUAUCCUGACGAUUAUGUUUCCUGAACUCAUGCAGGAUUGUCAGUCUCCGUUUCAAGCUUCCUUGCAAGGCCUGUCUUGGACGACUACUGCAUGUUUGGGGUAUGUCUACUUUGGUGCAGGGCGUGGUUCAUUUAAAGACCAAACUGGUGUCCUUUGGCAUGCUCACUUCGAACAAGAAUCAGUUCUGUAU